GAAAAUGAAAGGAAAAUUUUUGUGGAGCAAAGACAUAGACUCUAAUGGAUAGGGAAAACUGAAAAUAUAUUAUCCACUAAUGAACUUCACUCUGUCUUUGUCCCAUCAUAGUUACAUGCCUCCACCUUCAGUUCUUCACUGGUCUUUUGAGUUCAAUGGCAUUAUAUGCACAUACCCACAACCUCUCUGUUCUUUCCACGAGCAAAACCACAGGCAUUGACCAUGGAAGAAGGCAAUCAAGAAGAGCAGAUUCAAUGAUUGUCAAGAUGUCUGUGGCUUACGAAGAGGGAAAACUAGAAAUGCCCAAAUGGGCAGGACAGACCCCUCUUUCUCGUCUUGUUGGAGCUCUCAUUUCCUUUAAGCCAUUAUCUGCAGUGCUCAAGUUUGGUGCAAGACAAGUUCUUAUCAGUACUGCUGAGAAAAGGAAUAUUCCAUGGAGAGAAAUGAGCAGAGAGAUUCUGGAAUCCGAUGUGUGUAAGGAGCUAGAGAAUGUGCAAAACCCCUCAAUCACAUAUCCUGACUACUAUCUCAGUCCUUUCCAUGCAUAUGAUGAGGGAAAUCUUUCAUGGCUCGCUGCAGCUGAGGCAGAACCUGCAACCAUGUCAAUGGUGAGACGAGCAAUACCUGAUGCUUCCACAUUAGAAGAAGCAAAUCAAGUAAUGCGUGGGAAUUGGCUUGAUGCAAUUGAACAGCAUCAUUUACGAUGUUCUGGGAACUCCAUGAUUAGUGACAUUCUAGAUGUUGGAUGCUCUGUAGGUGUUAGCACAAGAUUUCUUGCUGACAAGUUUCCUUCAGCAAAAGUCACCGGACUUGAUCUCUCUCCUUACUUUCUGGCUGUGGCGCAAUUCAAGGAAAAGAAUGGAACCCCGAGAAAGAAUCCUAUCAGAUGGAUACAUGCUAAUGGGGAAGACACAGGCCUGCCUUCCAAAUCAUAUGACCUUGUUUCUUUUGCAGCUGUGCUUCACGAAUGCCCUGAGAGAGCAAUAGUUGGUUUAUUCAAGGAAGCGUUCCGGCUUCUUCGACCUGGAGGCACAAUUUCUUUGACAGAUCAAGCACCCAAGUCAAAGAUUCUUCAGAUCAUGGAGAAAGAAGAAAAGGCGCCAAAUGAUCAAGAUACCGAGCAAACUGAAGAGAUAGAGCUUAUUCUCUUUCAAGUCUCUGAAUGCUACGUUUACUUGAUACCCCCAAGAAAAAGUGCUGCUUCUUACAGGGCUGAUGAAUGGAAUGUCAACAAAUGGGCAUGGGAAGGGACGCUAAAAGUCGUUAAUAAAGGCGAAGAGUGCAUUAUCAGACUUGAAGACAAAACCACAGGUGAAUUGUAUGCAAAGGCAUUUUUAAGAAAUGGGGAGCCUCAUCCAGUAGAACCUGUAAUUGACAGCAGCAGAUAUUUUGUUCUGCGAAUAGAGGAAAACAUCGAUGGUCGUCUUCGGCAUGCAUUUAUUGGCAUAGGAUUCCGAGAAAGAACAGAAGCAUAUGACUUUCAGGCGGCCUUGCAUGAUCAUGUCAAAUAUCUGAACAAGAAGAAAACUGCAGAGGAGAUGGAACAACAUUUUCAGAAAACUUCCUCGGUUGAUUACAGUUUAAAGGAAGGGGAAAACCUUGUGCUGCAAAUAAAAAAUAAAGGUGGCUGUGGUAUUGUGAAGUCCAAGAUUUUUGAGCAGGGUCUAAAUAAUCUGUCAUUAGAGGUUAAAGGUGAUCGAAAAGAGCCCAUCCUCGGAAUCAUACCGCCCCCUCCACCUCCAGCAACACUCUCACCUGUUUCUUGCGGGCCAAAUUCUCCAUCAAACUUGCCACCAAAAAUCUCCCUUGAUAAAACUUCUGAAGACAACUCAAACCCUGCAAAGGAAGACACUAAAGAGCAACAGAGCACGCAAGAUAUUCCAGAUGAUGAUUUUGGCGAUUUUCAAGUGGCUGGUUGACACAGAUUAAUGACAGAGAUGUUUGCUAUGAGAUGCUUGAUGAUCAUGUUUAUGUAAAAUGAGUGGUACAUAUUACGUACUCCGGAUUUAACCUUGGAUAUUGAAAUAUUCUGCUAAAAGUGGUUUACAUUUUUUCACUCUCCGGCAAGUCAGCCUGCUAGUUAUAAGGGAAUUAAUGUACAAUCAAAGUUUUCAUGAAGAUAAAUGCUUUUAGUAGUAAUGCAAAUUCUUUUGCUAAAGCUAA